CGCGGCGACCCCGCGCACCCGUCUCACCGCCGUCGUGCUCGUUCAUGCUCCGUCAGUCUGUCGGCAACCUGCGUACCAGUCGUGUCGCAGCGCUCACGUUAACAAAAUUCUUAAUUAUUAUUACACAAUCUUUACUUGCCUUGACAACACUUGUUCGGUCGGUGGUGUGUUCUUUCUCGUUACGAUUUACGAUUAUUAACGCGCGCGUUUCUUCCUUUCACGCCGUCCCAUCUUUCUACCACCUCUAUACUCCCCCGGAAACACCUUUCCGCUCUCGCGAUCGUCGUUUACUUCACACAUACACGCAUACACAUACAUACACAUAUACCACCUCGCUCGCCGAAGGAAAAUCGCCGCGCAGCACACGUUUCGCGCUGGCAUUCGCGCAUGAAACUCGCCACGAAGAACUGCGGCCCUACGCGCGCACCACACGGGGCGCACCGACUGGAGUGACGGAGACAGAGAGAGAGAGAGAGAGAGGAAGAUAGAAAGAGGGAGUAAUCAAGCUGUCGAGGGAACAAGAGAGUGAGAGAGACAGAAGGAGAGAGAAAGAAAGAGAGAAAAGCAUACGUCAAAAGCAAAGACCUGUCAUCCGCGACUGUCGAAGGUUGCCUACGAGUGCCACCGAGUGGUUAUCCUCUCUAGCCAGCUACCCGGUGCACAACCUUCUCGUUGUCGCCGUCGUCGUUGAGCGCACGACCGCGCGAGCGCAUUCACGCAGUGAAGCUGCUGCCAGGCGAAACAUCAUCGGCGCGUUCGCUACACCCGGUGCAUGGGUGAAUUACAGUUCAUCGUUAGAUGAAACGUCGUACCGGAAGGGAAACGUCAUCGUCGUCGUCGUCGUCGUCGUCGUCGCCGAACGCGUUCACCGGGUGCUGCCCUGCUCCUUCUCCGCGGCCACGCUGGUGUAUCGAUUGCUCUAAAAUAGACGCGUGGGAACAACACCUGCAGGCCAGGCGUACACGUAUACACAUGCCGCUCGCAGGCGCAUAAACGCGCAACAGACCACACACGCUCGUGCUCUCCACGUUCCGCAUACACACGUAUAUACACCUAUACACGUACACAUUUACAGCUCGCUCGCUCGCUCUGUCUCACUCUCUCUCUCUCUCCCUCCCUCUCCAUCUUUCUCUCUCUCUCUCUCUCUCUCUUUCUCUCUAUCUUUCUCUCUCUUUCGUCGUUACGCUGCCACGACUCCCUUGCAGCGUCGUGUGACAGGUGCAACGACGGCGACGUCGUCGUAGGGUGGCCGGAGGUGGCGCUGGCGGACGAGCCGGUGGCGAAGAGCCGCAACAGGAAGCGGAAGAAGAAGUGAAUCGGCUCAGGCGGGCGAGAGAACGUCAAGAGGAAGAAGAGGAGGAGACGGAAGAAGAAUAAGAGGAAGAAACAUCGAGGAAGGAACAAGCGGAAGGGACGAAGGAAGAGGAAGAAGAAAGGCAGAAGCCACCUACCAGGAGGGAGAGAGAAGAAAGAUCAGGUUAGGGAAGGAGAGGAGGCGUGGAGGAGAAGAAGGAGCAGGAGGAGGAGGAGGAAGAGAAGAAGGCGGAGGAGGAGGAGGAGGAGGAGGAGGCGGCCGAGGCGCCCGUGUUUCUCGCGAAGGAAAGGUUAUUUUCGAGUGAUACGUCCUGGAGGCGCCCGUCGUCUUCGCCGGUACAACCAUAACGCCGCCCGCUUUAAAACGACCGAGACGGGACACGGUGGAUUCAUCGCCGCCACCCGCUCGUACCGCAGCCCCCGGCAACCCCGGACCGUCCGGCAAACUUGCCUGCAUAAUGGACGCGCCGCUAUCGCAGAGCAUGGACUCCGUCAACACGGUGGCCACCGGCGAAGACGAGGUGCGCACCUUGUUCGUGAGCGGCUUGCCGAUGGACGCCAAGCCGAGGGAGCUCUAUCUGCUCUUCAGAGCGUACGAGGGGUACGAAGGAUCGCUGUUAAAAGUCACGAGUAAAAAUGGGAAAACAGCGUCGCCGGUGGGAUUCGUGACUUUUCACACGAGGGCAGGCGCGGAGGCGGCGAAGCAGGACCUGCAGCAGGGGGUUAGAUUCGAUCCUGAUAUGCCACAAACCAUACGUUUGGAAUUUGCAAAAAGUAACACAAAGGUUAGCAAACCCAAGCAACCAGCAGCUGCAGCAGCCACCUCGCACCCCGCUCUGAUGCACCCUUUAACGGGACACCUAGGGAGCCCGUUCUUCCCCGGUGGUCCUGAGUUGUGGCAUCAUCCUUUGGCGUACUCUACGGCCGGCGAAUUACCGGGCACGCUGCAACAUGCGACGCUGGUGCAUCCGGCGUUACAUCCUCAGGUCCCCGCGCCUAUGUCCCUGCCGCAUCCUACGACGCUGACGUCGAUACACGCGUCGCUGCCUCAUUUUCUACCGUCGCCGGCACUGGCGUCACCGGUCGGGUCGCCCUCGUCGCAGCCGAACAUAGCCGGCAACGCGCAGUGCUCCACCCUCUUCGUGGCGAACCUGGGCCAGUUCGUGUCCGAGCAUGAGCUAAAGGACAUCUUCAGCAGUUUUCCUGGUUUCUCCCGGCUUCGUAUGCACACGAAGGGAGGGUCGCCAGUGGCCUUUAUCGAAUACCACGACGUUCGCUACGCGGCCCAGGCGAUGGCCACUCUCCAAGGAUCCUUUCUCCUCUCCUCCGACCGGGGAGCGAUACGAAUCGAAUAUGCAAAGUCAAAAAUGGCCGAGGUGGGCUUUACAAAUAUCUGGAUCGAAGGAUCAAAGAGACAAGAAAACGGCCAACCUUAAGAUCGACAUCAACGGCAUGUAAAGAGGCGGAGGAGAUCGGCCGGCCCGAGGAGACGGCAGGACGGCGCGCCCUCGUCGGACAGGACAUCCACCGGAAGAAAAAUGACGGAAGCGAGGGAAGGAGCCACGCAGGAAGCUGAGCUCGCAGACGCAAUCGAGCGCUCAUCAGCUCAUCGGGAGAGAGAGAGAGAGAGAGAGAGAGAGAGAGAGAGAGAGAGAGAGAGAGAGAGA